CAAAAGUAACAUUACAAGAACACAAAAUACUUUAAUGAAUGACACAAAGUAAGAAAUCUUGGAAAGAAAUUAUGGGGUAAUACAGAUCAUUUAAUUCAGGUAAAACUCAGUUGAGGGAGAUAGCAGAGACCGAUGCCCACAGGAUGAUUUUAGAAACUGAACCAGCAGAAUGGAAGACUAAGGGCACCGUUAACUUAACACCAAAGCAGGCAAGGAAACACACAGCAUGGUCAGAUGUUGUUUCCAACUACGUUGUCAGAAACCUGAAAGUCCUAAGUCAGUUUCAAAAGCUACAUCUCCUGCAGACAAGCUUUGUAAACCAGUUUUUACAGUUAAAAAAGAACUCGGGAAUACUUCUUGAAGGGAAACCACAAAUGAACAGCCAUUUGAAGAGUUUACUUAUUGGCAUAGGUGCUACUAUCAUCGAUGACCUUACCAAACCUUGGGAUUCUCAAGAGAUAACUUUGAUAGGACAAGGAUAUAUACAGAGUGCCACCCCCGAGGGAAUUUAUCAGGCAAUGGCUGACAGGGUAGGAAUCCAAGGUCAGAUACCUCAGUAUUUCCAAAGAGCAUCCAGACAAGAAAGAGAGGAACUUCAGAAAGAAUUAAGCAAAAUAAAUAGAUAUUCGACAAUUGAUCACAAAUUGAUUGGAACCUUGCCGAUCUUUGAAACUAAUGAUGGUGGGCAUUUCCAAUGGGUUUCUCUCGAUUGUGGCGAUCCUAUAAUGUGCAAAGAAGUCAUCCCAAUUAAGAUAAAUGUGAGAAUAAUCAAGAACAGCAAACAGGUGGAGGGAGUGGCUUCACUAGUAGGGAGAAACGCCCGGAAGGAGGCAGAUGUCCUUGUGGACCUGUUUUUACCAUAUCUGAGAUUGCACGAAGAUUUCGAGAAACUCAUGCUCCAUAUACUUGUGAACCAGCACCGAAUGCAGCAACACCAAGAGGGCUGGAAUAGAUUGAGGUAUAAACUGAUGACUGACAAAUGUCUAACAGAUAAACAUGGGAAUCUAUGCCGUAUCAACAUGUUGUACCAUCCAAACCUGUCAAGUUUGGUUGGUCAUAAAGUCCCUCGUGACGUUUACCAGUCACAUCUGGUGAAACUACAAGAACUUGGACUUCAAACUGCACUGUCUAAGGAUGAUAUUCUGACGAUUGCAAGGGAUAUUGAAUAUAACAAUGACACUUCAAAAUCAGUAGCACUUCUGGAAUACUUGGAGCAACAUUACCACAUAUUGCAGGACCUAAGCCUGAUAGAUAAACUCUCUGAAAUUACAUGGAUAGUAAAAGAUGAGACACAGCAUGACGAAUUACCAAAUUCAUUACAUGUAUCAUAUCAAAUUAACAGGACAUUUUGGAAGCCAAGUGAAGUUUGUGACAGAAGGUAUCUUGGUUUAGUUGGAUCCUCGCAACCACUUAUCACAACAACAAAUUUACGACGAGUAUGUGAGGCAUUUAAAUGGGACAACAUACCUUCAAAUAACACAAUAUACCAACACAUGGAAAACAUGGCCACAAGCUUCAAGGAAUUCGAAUCAGAAAAAUCGAUGUAUUUCACCUUAACCAAGGCAGUAUAUCAACAAAUGGGUAGAAGCCCAUCUCUGGAGAAGUUGUUCACAGAAGACAUCGAUUUAAUGUGGAUCUGGCAUGGGAAUGGAUUCGUAGAUUCAUCUAGAAUAUCCCUGACCAAAAUACGAUUCCCCUUGGAGCCCUAUACCUACUGUCUCCCAAACGAAAUGGAAAACUUUAAAAAUAUCAUAAGAAAGGCUCCCGUACAAGAAGGACCAGCUGAGACAGUACUGUUGAAUACAUUGGAAAAAAUGAAUGAAGCCUCAAUCACAGAAAGAAAUUAUGAUAGAGAUUUGGGAAUAGUCGUGAAUGUAGUCAAUAUGAUUGCAUCUAAGGUAAAAGAUAAUACCAUUAAGUUGGAACUAGUGAAAGACCGACUGUUGCUCCCAGUGAAAAAUGACGAGAACAUGGAUAUUCUUGAGCUUAAAAAGAUCAGUGAAUGUGCAUAUAUGUAUAGCGCAGAGGCAUGGCUUUCAGAAAAGUGUAGCACCAAUGUAAUGUCACAUAGCUAUGUCCAUGAAUAUAUAUCAGAAGAUGUAUGCACUUCUCUGGGAGUCCCUUCCCUGAUGAAUCGAAUACAGCAGAAGCAGUUCAGUCUGAUAAGCGAGGCAAUACCAUUUGGGCAAAAGGAAGAACUGUCGCAAAGGCUAAAAAACAUUAUCAAGUCAUAUCCCUGUGACCAAUCCAUCAUGAAAGAGUUGCUGCAAAAUGCAGAUGAUGCAAAUGCUACUGAACUCCAUUUUGUCCUUGAUAAACGCCAACACUCUACAAAGACUGUGUUUGUUGAAAGUUGGGCACACCUCCAAGGACCAGCAUUGCUUGUUUAUGACAACAAACCGUUCACAGAGAAGGACAUGGCAGGAAUUCAGAACCUUGGCAAGGGAAGCAAGGGUGAUGACCCAAACAAAACAGGACAGUAUGGCAUUGGUUUUAAUGCAGUGUACCAUAUAACUGAUACACCAACAUUCCUGACUAAUGGAUCCGAGAUAGGCAAACGCCUGUGUGCAUUUGAUCCUAAUCUUAAAUAUGUGUGUGACAGCAAUAGUCCUGAUUAUGGAAUACAGAUAAAGGCUGGAAAUGAUGUACAGGCAAUUUAUCCAGAUGUGUUCUCGUGUUACAGACAUGCGUCGUUCAGCGAGGCGGAAUCAACACUCUUUAGACUGCCAUUGAGAACUGAAAAAAUAGCAAUCCAAUCUGGUAUCAGCAACAAGGUUAUCAGCCCAGAGAAAGUUCAAAAUUUACUUGAAGAUUUCAAAAGUGAUAUGUUCGAUGCCCUCUUGUUUGUGAAUAGUGUUGAGAAAAUUGUAGUUGGAUCGAUAGAAGAGCAUUCAAAAGAAGGGCGAAUACAUGGCCAAUAUGUAGUAACUGCCCAAAUGUCUGAAAAAGACAAAGCAAAACUCGAUACAUUUAACAAUGAGGUGAAACAUCAUACAAGCGCCCUAAAAGCAGGGGAAAUAUCAAUCGAUAAAAUGCCUCUUGUUGAAGUAGCAUAUGAAAAGGUUAUCACCGAUAACAACAGAAAAGAGAAGUGGUAUAUAUCUAGAAGAUUUGGCUUUGAACAAGGUACGGAAAUAUCGUCUUGUAUCAAGGAGGCUUUUGAAACAGGAGAUCUACGUCUUCUGCCCCAUGGGGCUGUGGCAGGGCGAACUGGAAAGGAAAACCACAGACCAUACAAGGCAUUUUGUUUUCUUCCACUACCUGUGGAAAUCAAUCCACCUGUCCAUGUCAAUGGGCAUUUUGCCCUUGAUGAUGCACGCCGAGGUCUCUUUAAUGACAAGAUGUAUAGGCAUGCAUGGAACCAACUUGUUCUUAAGAAAAUAGUUGUCCCUGCUUAUAUCACAUAUAUAGAAAAUAUGAAAGACAUUCUCAAUUUGGGUUCUGCUGGACUCUUUAAAACAAUAAAAGGGACAUUGAAGGAAUACUACCACUUGUUUCCUGCCAUUCCAUACAACACCGACACACUUAGCUACUGGGAAUUCAUGAAUAUUGAGUUGUAUAAAACGAUAGCCUCUGAAAAAGUCAAGUUACUACCAGUAGUUAUACAGUCUACGUCGGGUACAUGUUCCAUAAGAUGGUGGUUUCCUGAUGAAGAUGUUUACUUUGACAACCAUCCAAAACAGUCUGAUUCAACAGCUGCAUACAUGGCUUCAAACACAACCAGUCUUUCUGAUAAAGAUAGAGGAAAGAAACUAGCUGUGAAGAAUCAAAGUAUAUCUGAUGUUCUAAGAACUCUUGGAAUGAAGUUAUUAGACAUUCCGAAAUCCAUUUGUGACAAUUUCAAUCGUUCUGGUGUUACACUUGAAAAUGUCUCUCCAGCUGCAGUUUCCACUUUUCUGAAGACUUGGAAUUCAGUGGAACCAUCCUGUAAAUUAGAUCUUAUGGUUGCAGUAGAAUUGUCGCCAUUCCGUGAUGUCAGAUGCGUGGAAGAAAUACUUCAGUAUUGCCUCAGUGACAAGAAUGGCAUAGUUCAGCUAGAAAACCUACCACUCUGUUUACGCCAAGACAACAUGCUCUCUCAUUUUACAUCUGCAUAUCCUAUGUUUGUUUCUGAGUUUGUUGACCUCGUUCCAGAGGUAUCUCAGAGGUUUGUCCACGAAGCAUUAGUUUCAGUACUUGAUAAAUAUAUUGAUCAACAUGUGUUACGCGGAUUAUCGAUUAGAAGUAUAGCCGAGCUACUUCCCCAGUCUCGAUAUGCACCCAUGUUGUAUGGGUAUUAUAGAACAACAAAUGUACAAAUAUCGAUGGACUACAACAUGAAGUGUUGGAUUCAAAGGCUAUGGGGAUGUAUGAAUUCUCUAGAAGAAAUCCAAGUAAUUUUACAUGGAAGCGAUGUCACAGCAAAGGUACAGAAAAUUGAAGCAUGUUUACAGCCACUUUCAGAUUGGGCAAUAAUACCAAGUACCCAAAUUGGAAAAGUGACUGAACUGACAGCUGACCGCUUGUGGAUGUCCAACCGAACAAUAGCUAACCCUGUUUUAGUUCCAGUCAGUAGGAGCUACAUAGUCUUAGAUGUUGACUGUAUUAGACCAAAUAGCAUAACAAAGGACUCUCAGCUUUUGAAUGUCUUGAUGAAAGUGCCAAUAUAUAAGUUUGAUUCCAGUGUACUUCCACCGUUUGCUCAGUCGCUUGUUACAACUGUAUGUAAUCCAGAGAAGAUCCUCCAUAUGUUGUUAUACAUAGCAAGACACACACGGGAAAAAAUUUCCCUCUCAUCUGAGGAUGCAAAAACUGUUCUUGAAUAUUUCUCGGAAAAUCUUGAGCACAUAAAGAAUGUACCAGAUUCCAGUGCUUUGUUACGACAGCUUCCAUUGUUCGGUACAAUGCAGUAUAAUUGUGUUACUUUACAAUAUAACUGCAUUUCAGUGACAGACAUAGAUAAACAUGACAACCUCCAUGAUUUAGAUGUAUAUGUUAUUCCAAAUGGAAUUCCAACUGCUGGAAUGGACUGUUGGCUCCAUGGUAAAACACAGAGGAGAUGUUUCUUGCGAGAGGAGAAGAGAUUUGUGGAACUAUACAACUGGCUUGGAUUCACAAGCCAGACUGUGGCAGAAUUGUACUGUAGCUUUAUGUUCAAUCAAUUCAACAUGUUGAGCCUCGAAGAUAGAAAAGAACACAUGAGAUACCUAAAGAACCGUAUUAUACCAGAUCUAGACCACAGCAUCAAUACAGAGGCCAAUCACUCUUCACGUUCAGAUAAAAUGAAAGCAACUGAAGAACGAACUGUUCUUCUUCAUGGUUUGAGGACACUCGAAUUAAUAGAAGACCCAUUAGAUACUAAUAUAUUUCAUUGUGUAUCAGAUUUCGUCGAUCCUCUUAACCUUGUUUGGAGAGAAAUGAGACCAAAUGAAUGUUUGACCAAGCCAUGGUAUCCAUCUUACAGAAAGGAAAAUGACAGAUGGGGACGUAUUGUCGAUACCAAUGACGACUGGAUACCGUUUUUUAGGAGGUUCGGUUUGAGAUCAUACAUUAGCCCAGAAGAGUUUGUAAAGUUCGCAAAAGAAGUUGAGAGUGAUGUUAAACUGUUAAAUAUGGAUGAGUCAUCACACCUCAAUACGCAAGAACCCACAGAAAGCGUCUGGGAUGACAUAUUGAAAAAGUCAAAAAUACUAGUACGUCAUCUGAUCCACAGAGAGUAUCUUCUAACUGAAGGAAUACUGGAUAAAGUGAGGAAUAUCAAGUUUAUCUCAUCACAUGUAGUUAAUGAGCCACUGAAAAGUAUAUUUCCUCAGGAUAUCUUCAUUAGAAAGGAUGGGAAAUCCGUUUCCAGAACGUACAUAUGUUUCGAAAAUUCUUUGAGUCCAGACUUUGACAGAUUAACGUGGACAGUUUCCUCUCUGUUGCCCAGGUAUGCAGACAUAUCAGCUUUACAAUAUGCAGACCUGCACACUUCACUUUGGACAGACCAACCCGUACAACCUUUGGAAUCAAUAAGAGAACAGAUACACAGAUUGCUAUUAUCACCGCAGAAACCAACAGGUUCCCAAGUUGGCCAAAAUUGGUUAAAUGUUUGCAAGGCAGUUAAACUCAACAAGCUUAAUGAUAUCCAAAGAUCUGGUCUUGUUGAUAUUUGUACUGAAACAUUUGAGUACUUGCAGAAAUAUGAACAUCAUAAUAUAGAACAAAGUGUCUGCAAUCAAUUAAAGAAUAGCAAGGUUGUCUUUGUUGAAGAGGGACAUAGACUUGUUAUCCCAAGGCAGCUUAUAACAAAUCCAUUCAAAGGUGAGGAAAUACCAGGAUUUAUUUAUAAAAUACCAACCAAUCUGGAGCGUUGUAAGAUUAUUUUACAUAAAUUGGGAUCCACGGCAAAUAACACUCUGUUCCAGCUAGCAAGUAUACUCAAGGACAUACAUGAUGCAAGUAUAAAAUGCAGUGAUAUCACAGUAUCAAGAGAUGUAAAUGCAAAGAGUGCCUUCAAAAAUGCUGUCAAACAGUUUUUUGAAAUUGUCAAAAGAACAGAAGAACCUGAUUUCUCGGGUAUUGGCAGUUUGUACCUACUCUCAGAGGAAGAUCAAGUAGUAAAUGCGGCACAUCUUGUUUGCAAUAACAGACCCGCCUACAAAUCAAGAGUGGAGGAUAAAGUCAUCGAGUCACUUUGUUUCAUGAAAAAACUCAAAAUGUUUGGCGUGUCAGUCGAAAAUGAAGUAGACUUGAUAAGGCGACUCCCAGAGUCAUUACAGCCACAGAUGCUCUCAUCUAUCGUACAAGAGGUCGCAACUGAAGACAGCCUGGAACCUAUAAUAGAGGGGCAUCCGUUUGUGGAAAAAUUGAAGUCUAUCCUCAGAGAUGACAAGUUCUUUCAUGUUAUUCUUCGAUUGAUACAUGAUGAUGAAAGCAAAAAACAUGAGAAAGACAUCGAUCUUGUGAUAAUCGAAAAAUUGAAGCGCAUACAAGUGAUAGGAACAGGACAUAUCAUGACUGUAUUGGAGCAUAGGGACAACAACGAAACGAUACCCAAUACAGAAAUAACAAGCCAUUAUCAUGUUGUUAAUUCUGAUUCGAGCUGUCAAUUCUACAUAAACACAAGAGAAAUUUUGAAAACUCAAGUCUUCAAUGCCCUUACAAAAAUUAUAGCCAAAUUGCACGAAGGUCUGGUCAAACAUCAUCUUAUCAUACGUGACAUGCUCAGUGCUGGAAAUCUAACUCAAGUAGCUUCGGAUCUUGAUAAAGAAGGAAUACGAGAGUAUAGUAAAGUGGGAAAAUGCAGGUUCCUUCCUGAACCUGGAGAUUAUGUACCUAUUAAUGACCACCACUUACUGGAGAAACGCCUUUUGAUCACUCAAGAAUUUGUAGCAUUCUCCGAGGACAGUAUUGUAGAUCAUAUGAGUUAUGAUUCAAUACCUGGCGAUAUGGUCUACAGAUAUGCGAAGAUUAUCACAGAAGUCAAGCAAGGAAAUAAAACCUACAAGAUUUAUGAGAUAGACAUAGGUGGUGGGGAGAAGGUAGAAAAGCCUGAAUUUGAAUUGUAUGCUUUUAAAUCCAUCACUGAUUUUGAGGACAAUACAAGUACAGAAGCAGAUCUACCCACUAAUGACAUGAUUAAGGAAGGGGUGUCCAAUAUUUUAGCAAGUUCAUGGGAGUUGGAAGAGAAUGUAAGAAUUCGUUAUGUAACCCGUUUGAUGGAAAUGUGGCAAGCGUCUGAAAACCCUCACAGGGAAGAGGCAUUUUGCAACAGCAUUAUUCAACAUAUACUAGAUGAAAAUGAUAGACUAUCAAAGGUUAACAGAACUCCUAAGCAAGAAAUUUAUGACAAUUUCCAAGAUGAAGAAUGCGAUAGAGAGCAACCAUCAUAUACUGACUCACUCGAGAAGGUUAGAGACUACCUAUAUGCUAGAUCACAAAUACACAAAGGUCAGCGCAAGAGGUACUUAGAGCAUAUCAAGAGCAACUCAGUAAACUCUGAUCCAUCCUUCCCUUCAUCAACUAGAAAUAAAAUGUUCAGUUUUGAACAAUCACCAUCGUUUGGUGCCAAGAACCCCCAGCCUGGUGAAGCAGUAAGAUGGAUGAAACAAGCAAAGUUUGACCUUGAGGCUGCUAAAUGUGACUCUCUUAUCAAGUGCAAAGAAUGGAUCUGCUACAUAUGUUUACAGGUGAGAACCCUCUGAUUGCUAUGUUCAGUUGUGGUCUAGCAUUUGAAAGA